AACUUCCUCCAACGAAACUGAAGGAACGAAAAUCAGAGUAAAAACGAAGGUUUUUCUUUAUUGUUUUUUCAGAGAAUUGUUUUGUAAGAUAACGAGUACAAGAGGUGAAACCAAAGGUGAAAUCUAAGAUAUUCUACACUGUAUAAAAAUUCGAGAAGGUUGUGAUUCAUCAAUGGACCAAGGAUAUGAAUUACCAAGAGAAUUGAAGCUAAAGAAGGCAUUCAAGAUGAUUGCUCGUACUUUGUUAACAGCAUGCUCUAGAGAGGAAUUCCUUGAGGCAUUUUCAGCAUUCCGCAGAGCAAAACAAGAUGUUCUAUAUCAGCUUUUUAUUCACGUAAUUGCAGAACUCCAUGAGAACAUUGAGGAAGAUUUUGAGUCGAUAUGUGCCGAAACACAGGUUGCUGCCACUUUUGACAAGGUAGAACAACUCGAAGAAGAGCAAAAACUAGACACUCUAGCACAAGAUAAGACAAAUUUACUUGAUGUCGAGCAAGAGUUGUCGAGAGCCAAGAAAGCUGAGAUUAGUUACUUGAAAAGUGCCCUAGAAAAGCGACUACUUUCCUUUUGCCUCAAAAUGAAAGAAGCACCUGUCCUGAGUCUCUUGACUUUACUUUAAGCAAAAAUAAAGAUUCAUGGAUUUGAACCUCCUUGGCCAGUUCCAAGGAGAAAUCCUCAGUAUUGCUUGGUGUGCAUGAGACUAAGGGUAUACAUGUGUCCCUUGGUCAUGCAAAGGCAGGACCUGCAUCACCAAAAUAAAUAAAUAAAUUCAGGACUCUAAUUUGGUAGAUUAUGCUUUGAACUAUCAAUAACUCAUUUUCCUUCUAACUUUUUGCAGUAGUACUAAACUAACUGUUCGUCCUUUAAAUGUCGGGAGACUUUUUAAUUAACUUCUUGCGAGAGUUUUGCAGGCUGUUGAACAAAACCUCCAAAUGUAAACUCAUAUUGAAUCGCUCAAAACAGGCAGGCAAGACUAUUCUGUGACGCCCGAUGCUGUUAAAAAAUUGAGGAGCUGGUAUCGGAACUUGGGUCAGGCACCCUAGAGACUUGGAAGCAUUAAAUGGAUCUCAGAUAAUUAGCAGCUGGCUCAAAACUUAGAUGCACUUCAAACUUUAUUAAGGGUACUCACAGUUUCAUGAGUAAAAUUAGAUGGAUUUGCGUUGGUUUAGACCGUUUGGUCCCUGUAUUCUGUACGUCAUUUUCCUGUAUGAUUGUAAAUUGUCAAUGUAAGAGAAGUAAGAAAAGAAGUGCCCAGUGCACG